AUGAGUAAACCGCUUAAUCCUAGUGAUAUUGAGUUGUUAAUUAAUCGGCAAAAUACUGACGACAGCUACAAUUCAAUGACCUAUUAUAAUUCUGAGGAAUCACAAAAUGAGGAGCGCGGGUCCAGUGCCUCUCUGAUUUCGCCGGAAGAGUUAGGAUUCAAACCUUCAGUGUUAAACACAAUCGAUGAAGUUGAAGAAAUAUCUAAUGGUAGCAUUAGCUUACUCCAUGCCACUGAUCCGUGUACUUCAAUUGAAUUAAGGCGAGUACUAUCACCUUUACCAAUCUUUGAUAAUUUAAGUGAUGAUAGUGAUAUUGAUCCUGACUGGGCUCCAGAAUCUGUAGUGGGGAGGCGAACUCGUUAUCCAUUAGCUAAUGAGUGUGAUAGUGACGAAAAUAUCAGUCAAUUAACUGUGCGCGAUUUACGAUUUAACAGGCAGUUAUUUUUGAGAAGACAGAGGAUUUUACUUGCUCUGGAUAGUGACAAUAGUGAUAACGAUGAAAGUGGGGUUGCAAAUACUGUCACUGCUGCUGCACCCCUUCCAUGCACUGUUAAGCGUAAUAAAGAAGCCCGUGUUGCUGGUAAAUCAUAUCUUGGCUAUAAAAAGUUGGAUAACAAAUGGACAGCGUGUGUCGAGAGGCCCAAAAGAGUUUUGAAACCACGUUGCUCACAUACGAGUGUUGCUCCUAAAUCUAAAAACUCCUUUCUUUGUGCUUUGGUCACUGACGAAGAACGUGAACAAAUUCACAAAACAUUUUGGGAGCUCAAGUCCUGGCCAGAGAAGAUUACUUUCGUAAAAACAUUAGCAGUUAGAAGAUGUAUAAGACGUCGACGCCACUCUCGGCAUAAUACUGUUGGCAAAAAGCAAAGUGGCCAUGAUAUUUUUAUCAAUAAGAUGGAUGCACAAUGCACUAAAGUGAGAGUUUGUAAGUUAUUUUUUUUGAAUACGCUUUGCAUUGGAGAAGACAGUUUCCGUCGGUGGACUAAGGAGUGCGAUAUGGUACAAGAAAAUUGCAAUGAAGGGACUUCUUCAAAUACGUCCUCAUGUUUACGUGUUAUUGUUAAAACAGGAAGGAAUGCAGAAUUGUCAAAAAUUGUUAAAACAUGGCUUGAUAUAUUACCUAAGGUACCUAGUCACUAUUGUCGAUCAAGUUCAAAAAAAGUUUAUGUAGAAUCGACUUUUCGGUCUGAACUCCACAUGCAUGCAGUUUUUAAGGAUUGGUGUACUGAAAAGGGAUACAGGGCUGCUUCUAGAAAAACUUUUUCGAAGGUGUUAACAAAUAAUAAUAUUGGUAUUCACCAUCCGCGCAAAGAUCAAUGUGACACGUGUUGUAGCUAUAAAACGGGCAAUAUUUCUCAAGCAGAAUAUGAUAUACACGUAGCAAAGAAGGAAGAAGCCCGUAAUGCCAAAAAGAUUGCUAUAGCUAGUGCAAAUGAAAAGGUUGUGGUUGUAACAAUUGACGUCCAAAGUGUUUUGCUUGCCCCGAAAUUAUUGGCAAGUGCUUUGUACUACAAGUUGAAGUUACAAUGUCAUAACUUUACUGUUUAUGACGUUUCAUCUAAAAAUGUUACAAUUUACUUCUGGCACGAAGCAGACGGUAAUGUUACUGCAAAUGAAUUCACAUCUUGUUUGGUGGAUUACUGUGAAAAUUUACCGACUUCAGUUGAGCGUAUUAUUAUUAUUUCUGAUGGAUGUGGUCAUCAAAACAGGAACCGAAUUUUGUCGAGUGCCUUGAGUGAUUUGGCACAGCGAAAGAAAGUAACUAUAGAACAACUCUAUUUAGAAAAGGGGCACACAAUGAUGGAGGUCGAUAGUGUUCACUCCACUAUUGAACAAUACAUAAAACCUCCAAUAUACGCUCCCAGUGAUUACAUAAUCCGGAUGAGACAAGCACGACCACAGAAGCCCUACGAUGUCAAGUCGAUUCAUUACGACUUCUUUUUAAAUUUUGAAGAGUUGGAAUCGAACCUGAAAUCCAUUCGGCCUGGUAAAAAGAAGGGCGAUCCUGUAGUGGUUGAUAUCAGAGGUCUUCAGUAUUUACCUGAUGGAACCAUACUUUACAGGUUGAGACAUUUUGCUGAGUGGUCCUUGCUUCAACAGCGAAGAAGUAACCAAAGAAAUGGUUUUGUGUCACUAAACCGAUUAUACGCAGCUCCAUUAAAAAUAACAGAAAGCAAAUUCAAGCAUUUGCAGGAUCUUAAAAUGGUAAUUGAUCAGGAUUACCAUCCUUUCUAUAAUAAUUUACAAUUUAAUCCAGGUACUUAA